AUGUACGGUACCACUGUCCAAUCAGGGCAAACGAACAACCAGAUUCUGGAACAGCCUAUUGCAGGAGGCGACCAUCCGAACAAUGCAUUAAAUGACAAGCAGAUUUACCAGUGGAUUUCAGAACUAGUCACUGGCAGUAACAGGGAACGGGCGUUACUUGAGUUGGGUAAGAAACGCGAGCAAUAUGAUGAUUUGGCGUUGGUGUUAUGGAACUCUUUCGGUGUUAUGACCGUUUUAUUAGAAGAGAUUAUAUCAGUCUACCCUUUUUUGAACCCUCCCGUUUUAACAGCGUCAGUUUCGAACCGUGUGUGCAAUGCCCUUGCGUUACUUCAAUGUGUUGCUUCAAAUGUGCAAACCCGAGCCUCAUUUCUCAAUGCAAACUUGCCUUUGUAUCUUUAUCCAUUCUUGUCCACGAAUGCUAGACAGCGCUCCUUUGAAUACUUGAGACUCACAAGCUUAGGUGUGAUUGGUGCAUUAGUUAAGAAUGACACUCCCGAGGUUAUUAAUUUUUUGUUGACUACAGAAAUUGUCCCCCUUUGCUUAAAUAUCAUGGAAAUUUCUUCGGAGCUUUCCAAAACUGUGGCGAUUUUUAUUUUGCAAAAGAUUCUUUUGGAUGACCAAGGCUUGUCAUAUAUCUGCACAACAUAUGAAAGGUUCCAUACAGUCGCAUCCGUUUUAUCUAAAAUGAUCGAACAAUUAAGGUCAGUUACGGAACAGAAUCAACAGCCUCAAAAUGACCAGUCUCAGAAUCGCCAAUUACAGCAUCAUCCUGCAAGCAGCUCUGGACGUUUGCUAAAGCAUGUCGUAAGGUGCUACAUGCGGUUAUCAGAUAACUUAGAAGCCAGGAAAGCUUUGGCUACGAUAUUGCCGGAGCCCUUGCGAGAUGGGACGUUCUCUUCCAUAUUGCAGGAUGACGUUGCUACGAAGAGAUGUUUAGCGCAACUUUUGUUGAAUAUCAACGAACUGCAAUAA